AUGAAGCAGCCAACUAGUAGACUGUCAACUGAAGAUAUCCUGCGGAUUGCUGGACAAAGGUUUAUUCAGUCCUCUUCCCAGAAAGUUGAAGUCAUGCCCAUGCUUAGCAAUCCUUUCGAUCUUUCUUUCUCUGGACUUUCCCGUGAGGAAAUAGAAGAUAUAGAGCUUGUUGAUAGCCUUCUAGCCUCUGCAGAAAAAAUUGAUCGAGGGUCAAAGCGCUCAGCGAAUAAGGUUUCCAUGAAGGACAUUUUUGAAGUGGUUAUGUGUCCUGGCUCUGUAGCCAUAGCUUACCACCAAGAAGUUCCCUUCCGUCAGGUUGAAGAAUUUGCUGGAAUCCAAGCCAUUCUCGAAAAUGUGGCCGAGGCAAAUAAAGUUCACAUAAUUGAUAUUGGUCUCAAGUAUGGAGUACAAUGGACAGUUUUGAUGCAGGCACUUGCAACUCGACACGAAUGCCCUCUUGAGCUUCUCAAGAUAACCGCUGUGGGAACUGCUUCAAAGGAAAUUGAGGACACAGGUAUAUGGUUGAUGGGUUUUGCCGAAACCUUGAACUUACCUUUCUCGUUUAAGGUUGUUACGAUAUCAGAUAUGCUUGACCUCAAAGGAGAUCAGUUUAAGUUUGAUGAUGAGGAAGCAACUGCUGUCACAGUGAGUUUUUCUUGUGGACCAUGA